CCCGGGCCCAAAGGUAAAACCAGCGUGUGCCUCUUGAUCGACCAGCGCGCUCGGGGGCGGGGCUAACCUGCAUGGGAUCCGAUAGCCGCGCGUGUGCACGAGGUGGGGAAGGCGUGCGCCUCGGUGGGUCCAUGAGAGGAGGAACCCGAUGAGCCGACCCGCUGAUGUUCUCCCCUUGACCCUCACGUCCACUUCCGGGGUGCGAGUAGCUGGUGUGCUCACCGCCGGCCCACACCUGCCUCCCACCUGCCUCCAACCUCAGGGGUCUGAAGAUGCUGAUGGAAGUGGGCUACGUUAACGGGCUGGAGCCCGACCUCUCCCAGCAGUAUCCUCCGCCCUUACCGCCCAAACCGGGCAAAGACAACGCCAGGCUUCAGAAACUCAAGAAGAAGAGAACCAAGAAGAAGGGCAGCCUCUCUCAGACGCCCGUCCCCUUUCGUUCCUGCCUGUCGCCCGUCAACGAGGCGAGCACGGACCUGGAGCACAGCGACCAGUCCAGCCCGCCGACGACGCCGGAUUCGGUCCACACUGCGGACCCUACGGUGUUCAGUUUCCCCUUCGACUCCCUCUAUGAUGGCCCUGAAUCUGCAUUCCCUCACCCUCGGAGCAGCCCCUACGGCCCCCCAGGCGGCUUCCCACCCCCGUCCCACACAGCCCGGGUCAGGAUUUCUGAAGAGCAGGUGGCUCCGCUGUACGAGUGCUCCUCUUUUCUAUUCGACGACGUCAGUCCUUUCAUGCUGCCACCGUUGGUUUCGGCGCCACCCGAGCGGCUUCUAGCACCGACUCUUCCCUCUGCUUUCCACGCAAACAUGACACCAAAUUCCCACGGGUCAGUCAGGACAGUCCCUUUAGAAGCCGUGUCGCAGUCCAGCCCUAAAAUAUCAACUCACAGCCUCACCCUAUGCGCGGCCGCCCCCAACUGUGGCCCAGGAAUGGCUCCCUCUCAGGUUUCCGACCCACCUCCUCUUCCAGCGCUGCUGUCAGUUCCAAACUCUCAAACACAACCCUUUGUUCCCGGCCAGGGGGCGACAGAUGACAGUUCAAAGGGCAACGGCCAAAGCCGAACGGCGCCCUGGACUGCCAUACCCGCAGUAAUGGCAACUUUGUCCCAAGCCCGAUGUCCCCUGAGAUAACCGCCUCAAAAAUAUCACUUGUUGAACCCAUUAAAGAGACGAGGCCCGACGCCGCACAAAGCAGGGUUUAUACGUCAAAGGCAACGUUUUAUGAGAUCUCUAAACCUCCCUCCAUCCAGGACCUGUACGUGCCGGUGGCCAUUGCUACCUGACGAGUACAAGAAAACCGCUGUUUCAGUGGUGAAAGCUGAACAGAAAUGGAAUUCGCCAACCUCCCAAUGUGGAAGACCUAAGACUCCCUCUUCAGCACCAGCUCGAGUGUCCACGCCCUUCAUUGAAAUAUCCAAACCUAACCCACUUUUAUUUGCUGUUUUCAAGGCCUCCCAAGAGCCACAAGCUCCUACAAUUACAAACGAAGGCCCAAGACAGAAAUCAACGAUUCAAACCGGUGUUACCAGUAAACUGCCAGCUGCCCAACAGGAACUAAAAAGGACUGAUGUGCAUCACAUUACUGCUAUCAAACCAGUCAGCGGUUAUGAAGAGACAAAACGGAGUACGAUAAAUCUAAACUUAGCAUCUAGUGUGACUGUACUUGACUCUGCUGCGGUGAAACCAGCACCAAUAGAACCAGUCAUCCCAAUGCUACAAAUUAGCCAGGUUUCUGAAAGUGAGGCUUCGUCUUUGCCAAAAGUCCCAUCAUUUCUUUCUACUGUGGCAAAUAAUUCAAAUCUGGACGCUACGGCAGUGAUUUCCAUUCA